AUGGAAAAACAAAAUCACACAGAAAUAUCACAGUUCCUUCUUCUUGGCCUCUCUGAAGAUCCAGAACUGCAGCCCAUCCUCCUUGGAAUCUUUCUAUUUAUGUACCUAAUAACAGUGGUUGGGAAUCUGCUCAUCAUCCUGACUGUCAUCACUGACUCCCACCUCCACAACCCCAUGUACUUUUUCCUCUGUAACCUGUCCUUUGUGGAUGUCUGUUUCAUCUCCACCACAGUCCCAAAAAUGUUAGUGAACAUCCAGACACAAAACAAAGGUAUCUCCUACAAAGGAUGCCUUACUCAGGUAUAUUUUUUUAUACUUUUUUCUGGAAUGGAUAGUUUUCUGCUGACAGUGAUGGCAUUUGACCGCUUUGUGGCCAUCUGUCACCCCCUCAACUACACUGCAUUCAUGAGCUCUCAUUUCUGUGGGCUCUUGGUUCUGAUAUCAUGGAUGAUUGCAUUCUGUGACUCUAUGAUUCAUAUUCUACUGAUGAUGAAACUGACCUUCUCCACAGGCACCGAAAUUCCACUUUUCUUUUGUGACUUAGCUCAGGUUAUAAAAGUUGCCAGUUCUGACAACUUCAUGAAUAUCAUCUUCCUGUAUGUCAUGACUACUGUUGUAGCUGUGUUUCCUGUCACUGGCAUCCUCUACUCUUAUUCUCAAAUAAUCUCCACUUUAUUGAGAAUAUCUUCUGUAGCAAGCAAGUAUAAAGCCUUUUCCACCUGUGUGUCUCACCUCUGUGUGGUUUCCUUGUUCUAUGGAACAGGACUUGGUGUUUACCUUAGUUAUGCAGUGGCGACUUCUUUCCAGAAUGGUGCAGUUUCUUCGGUAAUGUACACUGUAGUCACACCAAUGUUGAACCCCUUCAUCUACAGCCUGAGGAAUAAAGAUGUGAAAAGGGCCCUGCAAAGACUCUUCAAAAAGACAGCUAGUAUUCCUUCAUGA